AUGGCUGCUACUGGCAGUUGCAGACGAAUCUUCCCCUUCCUCCUCCAGUCUCCCAUCCUCGCUCUUCUUCUCCUUCAUCUAUGCCUUUCUGCGGUGGCCGACGACGACGCGAUCGUCUCCAGAUUCCAGGAGUAUCUCCGAAUCGACACGGUUCAGCCCAAACCCGAUUACUACAGAGCCGUUGACUUUAUCAAGUCUCAGGCGAAAUCCCUCUCCCUCGAAUCUCAGACGAUCGAGCUCGUUGAGGGAAAGCCGCUUCUUCUCCUCAAAUGGGUUGGCUCAGACCCAACCCUCCCUGCCUUUCUCCUCAACUCCCACACCGAUGUCGUUCCCUUUGAGGAAUCCAAGUGGACCCACCAUCCUCUCCACGCCCACAUCGACCACCACGGCAACAUUUACGCCAGAGGUUCCCAGGACAUGAAGUGCGUCGGGAUGCAGUACCUCGAGGCCAUACGCAAGCUCCAGGCUUCUGGGUUCAAGCCAAUCCGAUCCGUCUAUCUCUCCUUCGUCCCCGAUGAAGAGAUCGGCGGCCACGAUGGCGUCGAGAAGUUCGUGGAAUCCCAGCUCUUCAAGAGCUUGAACAUCGCAGUCGUGCUCGACGAAGGUCUGACAUCGCCUACUGAGAGUUACAGAGUGUUCUACGGAGAGAGGAGUCCCUGGUGGCUUGUGAUAAAGGCUAAAGGACCUCCUGGUCACGGUGCCAAGCUCUAUGAUAACUCUGCCAUGGAGAAUCUUCUCAAAAGCAUUGAGAGUAUUCGCAGAUUCAGAGCCUCCCAGUUUGAUCUGCUCAAAGCUGGUGGGAUUGGUGAAGGCGAUGUUGUCUCCGUUAACAUAAACUUCCUCAAAGCUGGCACACCUUCUCCAACUGGUUUCGUAAUGAAUCUGCAACCAUCUGAGGCAGAAGCUGGUUUCGACAUUCGUAUCCCACCCAAUUUUGAUUCUGAAGCACUUGAAAGACGUUUGGUGGAGGAAUGGGCACCCGCAGCCCGCAACAUGUCCUUUGAGUUCAAGCAAAAGUUUUCGGGGAAGCAGAUCGUUACAGCAGCAGAUGAUUCAAAUCCGUGGUGGAGUCUCUUGGAAAAUGCUGUGAAGGAAGCUGGAAGUAGGACUAGCAAGCCUGAGAUUUUCCCUGCAUCAACAGAUGCUCGCUACUUUCGGGAAGCUGGCUUGCUCGCAUUUGGGUUCUCUCCCAUAUCAAAGACCCCGGGCUUACUUCAUGACCACAAUGAGUAUCUGGGUAAAGAUGAGUACUUGAAGGGCAUCGACGUGUAUGUUUCAAUUAUCAAAGCUUAUGCAUCAUAUGAAAGCAAAAGUGGUUCACGAGAUGAGUUAUAA